AUGACGACGACGCGCGCGACGGCGUCUCGCGUCGCGCGCGCAUCCUUGGCCUCGCCGAGACGCGCGCGCGCGGCGGAUGCUCGGGUCGGCGCGUCGUCGUCGUCGAACGCGUCGUCGUCGUCCGUCGUCGAACGUGCGGUGAAGUCGUCAGAGGUGAGACGAUCGAACGUCACGAUCGCGUCGUGCGAGUACGAGGUCGUGCGCGUCGAACGUGAACUCGGACGCGGACCGCGCGUGUUCGUGGUGCCGGGGAAUCCGGGCGUGGCAAGGUUUUACGAGACGUUCGCGUCGUCCCUGAGCGAACGACUGGACGCGCGCGCGGUGGAUGUCGUUGGAUAUCUGGGACACACCGAGCGGGAUAGACCGGGACGACGCGAGUGGUUCACGCUGGAUGAGCAAAAGGCGCACGUGCGCGAUUACGUGGACGCGACGCUGCGGGCGAGCUCGGACGACAGGCGCGAGUGCGUCGUCGUCGGUCACUCCAUCGGUGCGCAUCUCGCGUUGUUCACGGCGAAAGAGCUGGGAUUCGAUCGCAUCGACGGCGUGGUGGGUUUGAUGCCGUUUUUACACGUCAACCGGCGGAGCGCGCUGCAGCGCGCGCUGGGCGUCGUGACGAGAUUGAACUUCCUCGCGCACGCCAUCGGAGGCGCCCUAGACGGCCUGAAGAAGGCGGUACCGUUCGUCCGCGCGGCGUUGCUCAGACGAACCGUGACGAAAAACAUGGACGCGGUCGCCGCGGAGAUCACCGGCGCGUGGUUGCGAUGGCAGAGCCUGAUUAAUAUGGUUUUCAUGGGUCGAACAGAGUUCGUCGCCUUGGUGCGACCCAUCGACGAGUGCGAGCUCAUCGCGAGCGCCAACGCUCCCGGGCGAUUCGCCGCUUUGUACGCGCACGACGAUCACUGGGCUCCACUUCACCAGCGCGACGCGCUCGAGGCGCUCGGCGUCGACGUAUCCACCGUCGAAGACGACGUCCGUCACGAUUUCGUCGUCGUCGACGCAUCGGCGCGUCUCGUCGCCCAUCGCGCCGUCGACAUCAUGUAUCGUCUCGCGCACGAUCGCGCGCGUCACUCCGGCAUCACCUGUAGCUCAUGA